AUGGCGAUCAUCACCGAUUCCCAGGAGGACGGCGACGGUGAGGUGGCUGCGCCGUCUGCGGCGAAGGCCAUCAGCAGGAGCGACGAGGACGUCCUCGCGGCGGUGCUCGAGCGCAUGGGCGGCCCACUCCCAUUCCUCCAGGCGGCGAUCGACGUCGCACGGGAGCGCUCCGGCCUGUUCCACUGCGACCCCACCGCGGCGAGGAAGGUGGCAGCGAUGGCCAAGGCGGCCAGGGCCAAGGUGGAGGCGGAGGAGAAGCUUGUGGCAGCGAAGGAGGAGACAAGGAAGUUGACGGAGAGACGGAGGAACGAGGAGUCGAGGAGGGCGGCGGAUUCGGAGAGGAAGUUGGAGGGGGGCGCAGAAAAUGCGGCGAAGGACGGGAGGCGCGCAAGAGAACCAAAUGCUGAAAAUGGUCUGGACUUGGAGAAAUAUUCCUGGACUCAAGAGUUGUCAGAGGUUAACAUAACUGUUCCAGUCCCCCAAGGAACAAAGUCAAUGUUUGUUGUCUGUGAGAUUGAGAAAAACCACCUAAAGGUUGCACUAAAGGGCCAGACUCCAAUAAUUGACGGGGUGCUUUACCAACCGGUCAACGUUUGCGACUGCUUCUGGACAAUUGAGGACGGGAAAUCACUGUCUAUACUACUGUCAAAGCAAAACAAGAAGGAAUGGUGGGCAUCUGUGAUCAGAGGUGGCCCUGAGCUGGAUAUCAAGAAGGUGAAGAUAAUGCCCAGCAGAUUAUGUGACUUGGAUAUUGAUCCUGAGACAAGACAGGCUCUUCAGAAGUCAAAGUUUGAGCAUCAUCGGAGGAAUAUGGGUCUCCCAACAAGAUGA